AUGUUGUCCACAUUUUGUUGGGUCCCUAAGGGCGCCAUGAAGCCCACUUCAAUCCUUUCCACAGACACAAUUGACCAAGCGCGUGCGAAGCUUCACUAUCAAAAUCCAGAAUAUUUUGAAGAAGGCAAACAAGUGAAUCGUCGAGGUCAGAAAGACUUAAAAAAGCGGAGUUCCGCACAAGCUGUCGGCCAAGGUUCUCAUCGUCAUGAGCCACAACGUAAUGAACCCGAUACCGACAAUGAGGAGGGUGGCAUUGACGACGACGAUGGCGAGGCGAACAUUGUAGUGAACGAAAUGCUACGGGAUAUCGCCGGUGGAGGCGCUGAUGCGAUUUUGGACGAGGUUGAGUCGGAAGACGAAGACGAAAUCGAGGAUACUAAAUUUAAGGACACCGAUCUGGUUUUCACCGUUGGUUGCGCGGACCCCGACAACCCACGUGUGGAGCUUUACAUCUACGAUGAGCCCGAGGACAACAUCUUUCUUCACCAUGACAUGGAAAUUUCGGCUCUGCCGCUAUGUAGCUCAUGGCUCACUGACAGCUCCAUGUCCAUGUUAGCAAUCGGGACGAUGAUGCCCUUCAUUGAGGUAUGGGCAUUGGAUGUGAUAGACUCGGUAGGACCCGCGGCCUUCCUCGGGGGAUGCGACGACGUAUCUUCUAAUUACCAUAAGAAAAAUAUUAGGAAACAUCUAAAAGCGGAAUCGCACACGGAGGCGGUUUUAGCCGUGAAGUGGAACACCAUUGCGCAGAACAUCCUAUCUUCUGGAAGUGCGGACCACACCAUCAAGCUUUGGGAUUUGAACCAGGCCACCUGUCUUGGGACCUACACCGAGGCCGAAAAAGUUCAGUCCUUGGACUGGCACCCGACGGAGGCGAACCAGCUGCUUUCAGGGGGCUUUGACGCCGUCAUGGUGCUCCGGGAUUGCCGCUAUCCCAAGCAGCCCGCCUUACGCUUUACCUUGCCUGGGGUGGUGGAGCAGGUGGAGUUCCUCCCGCAUGGGGGGGAGGUGGCGGGGGCGGGGGUGGUGAUGGCCUCCACGGAUGGCGGGGAAUGGGGCGCGUUUGACACACGCAAUCCCUCGCAGCCCCUGUGGCUUUUGCAGCCUCACAAGGGCGAGGUGGUUUUUGCGUGUUCGCGCCAUGUGCGUGGGCUUUGUGCCACAGGAGGAAAGGAUCGGAAAAUCAGCCUCUGGGAUUGUCGUCAGGUGGGGUCUGCGCCCACGUUGUGUGUUUCUCGGAACUACCGCACUGGGGAUGUCUUUUCCCUCUCCUUUCAUCCAAACUCGCCACAUAUUCUCGGGGCGUGCGGUGCAUCUGGCGAUCCGCUGGUGUACACAAUGACCGAUGAUAUUGGUUCUAUAUUUAAGAGCUCGUAG